AUGAAGCAACGCGAACUGUGGCUGCUGAUCGCCUUUACCUUGGUGGUUCGCGGGGGCGUGCUGCGGGCGAGCUUCGACAGCUUACAGGCCGAUCCCGAUGCCUACCGCGAACUCGCGCGAAACAUCAUCGAGCACGGCACGCUCGGCACCGGCGAGCAACCCUCGGCCUAUCGCCCUCCGCUGUACCCAAUUCUGCUGGUGCCCUGCAUUGCUCUCCAGGGCAGCGAUCCACUGGGGAUUGCCUUACUUCACGUUCUCUUGGGAACCGGCACCGUCGCACUGACCUGGGCCAUUGGUGAUCGUUGGGGUCUGGGACGAUGGCGGUUACUGGCCGCCGUGCUCGUCGCGGUCGAUCCGAUCCUACUGCGGCAAUCGACCCUGGUAAUGACCGAAACGCUGGCCACCUUCGCCACCACGUUGGCUAUCUUUCUGCUGACGACCACUCGUGGCGAACGCUUCUCGGCAGCACGCCUGUUUGCCGGCGGAUGCGCAAUCGGUGUGGCCACACUCACCCGGCCGACUUUUCUCCUCUGGGCCGCCUUCGGAGUCGCCGCUGUACUCGCGGCCGUCUUUUUCCAACAAGGAAGUCUUCAGCAGCGGCUCAAGCAGCAGAUCGCUCGGGCAACACUCAUCACCGCUGGUGUCGUCCUGCUACUGGCUCCUUGGGUCGCCCGCAACAUGGCCGCGUUCGGCGCCCCGGUGCUGGCAACCACCCACGGAGGUUUCACUCUUCUGCUGGCAAACAACCCUUCGUUCUACGCCUACCUGCGAGAAGCACCCAGUGGCGAAGUGUGGGAUGCCACCGCUUUCAACGAAGAGCAAGCCGCACGACUGCAGCGACGUUCACCAGCCGAGGAACUCGAGAGCAACCGCACCGCCUAUCAGCAAGCAUGGCAGCACAUCGAAGCAGAACCUGCCAUGUUCGUGCGAGCCUGCUUCGUGGGAGUCGGCCGCUUCUGGGGGCUGGUUCCGCAUCGGGUUGUGGAACGCGAAUCAUCAUUGCGCCGCAGCGUACGUUAUGUCAUUGGGGUUUGGCACUUUGGUGUCUUUGUUCUAGCGGUGAUAGGCGCCGUGCAUUGGCGGCAACGCCUGGUCGUGUUGCCCUGGGUGUGGGCCACGCUGUUGGUGCUGUCGCUAUCGCUGGUGCAUGCCUGCUACUGGAGCAAUCUCCGCAUGCGGGCUCCGUUGGUCCCGGUGGUCUCUCUUUACGAACAAGGCGUACGUCCGUCCCGUUCGGGAUUGGUGUGUGCCGGCAAGGAUGCCCUUCUGCUAACACGUCACUUCGCAAAUCCGCAGCGACUACCUUCGCGCGCGAAAUCGAUGGUGCGCGCCUUGUGGUUGGCUGCGCUGAUGACUGUUGUGGUACUAACCACAUGCAGGCAAUCGGCGGCGGUAGACGUCGAAUUGCCGACAGCCAAUCUGCGCGGUCCCAUCAACAUCGAUGCGCAAAGCGCGAAUCGGUGGUGGCAAGGUGCGUACGAGAUUUGGCUGCUGCGGGGAGAUUGCGUCAUCUCCCAGGGCCGUUCGUUCGCCAAAAGCGAUGAGGCCGUGGUCUGGAUCGAGCGCGAUGUCGAAGGCUCGGGCACCUCGAAGCUAAUUGUCUAUCUCGAAGGCAGCGCAGAACUAGUCGUCGAAACCCCGCAGGGUCCCAACCAGUUCACCGAUCACACCUGGUUCGGGCGCUUCUAUUCCGAUCAACCGGUUCAGGUUCGUGUGCCCAACCCUGGGGCCGAACCCAAGAUCAAACCACCCGUCUACGAGGCGGCCCUCGCUCGCCGCGAUCCCUAUCAUCGCGCGGCGGUGCAGCGCACGCAGUUUACGCAAUUCGAUGCAGACACCCCGGAAGUCGAUCCGAUGCCCCCGGGCGCGCGACGCUUGCGGGCGUUCCCGCGCAGCAAUGUGCCGGUGAAUGUGCGCUGGUUCCCCAGCCCCUCGGGCAAAGAGUGGGUGGCCGUCAUCGAUUCGGGUGUGAACCUCAUCAUCGACGGUGUCGAUGAAAUUGGCUCUGUCGAUAUUCUCACCGACCGCAUGGUGAUUUGGACCGCCGGGCUCGAACAGCCCGACCUCUCGGGCCAAUCGCUGCAGGGCGACGAAACGCCCAUCGAGCUUUACCUCGAGGGCAACAUCGUCUUCCGCCAGGGCGAGCGAAUCGUGCAUGCCCAGCGGAUGUACUACAACGUGAAUCGCGAAGUCGGCACGGUGCUCGACGCCGAGAUCUUAACGCCAGUGCCAGCUUACGAAGGCCUGCUGCGCUUGAAGGCCGACGUGGUCCAGCAGACGGGGCCCGGCCACUUCUAUGCCGAACGAGGCUUUCUCACCACCAGCCGCUUCGGAGCACCACGCUAUCGCUUGCAAUCGCAGCAGAUUUUCUUCGACGACACGCAGGUUCCAGUAAUCGACCCCAUGACCGGCGCCCCGGCCUUCGACCCUGCCACCGGAGAGCCGCUGGUCGAGCACGAGCGGUUGGCCACGGCCAAGAACAACUUCCUGUUCCUAGGUCCGGUCCCCGUGUUCUACUGGCCGCGAUUCGCCACCGAUGUGAGCGACCCCUCAUUCUUCAUCCAACGGGCGGCCAUUAAGAACGACCAGAUCUUUGGUACCCAGGUGCUAAUAGACUGGAACGCGUAUCAACUCUUUGGCAUCGAGAAUCGGCCCGAGGGCACCGAAUGGGAUUUCAGCACCGAUUACCUCAGCGAUCGUGGACCCGCGGGCGGAACCUCGUUCCGCUACAACCGCGCGGGCACCUUCUUCGAUAGCCCCACCACGUAUGCCGGGUUCCUCGAUGCCUGGGCCAUCCAAGAUCACGGCGACGACAAUCUGGGUGCGGGGCGAAUGGAUAUCCCGCCGGAUAAAGACUUCCGCUAUCGCUUGCUGUGGCGGCAUCGCGAGUACUUUGUCAACUCGAUGCGGCUCACCGCCGAGGUGGGCUGGAUCAGCGACCGCAACUUCCUCGAACAAUACUUCGAGAACGAGUGGGACGACUUUAAAGACGAAAGCACCGGCAUUGAACUGAAGCAGCUCCGCGACAUUCGAUCUUGGAGUAUCACGACCGAUGUCCGUCUGAACGACUUCGUCACCACAACGGAGUGGUUGCCACGGGGCGACUACUUCCAACUGGGGCAGUCGUUGUUCGGCGAUCGGCUCACCUGGUUCCAACACUCGUCGGCCGGCUAUGCUCGUUACCGAACGGCCAGCUUCCCCGACAACCCAACCCUCGCCGCCGACUUCGUACCGCUCCCGUGGGACGUCACGGCCGCUGGCGAACGUUUGGCAACCCGCCACGGUCUCGAAUUGCCAGUGCCACUGGGACCGACCAAGUUUGUUCCCUAUGUUGUGGGCGAGCUUGCUCACUGGGGUGAAGACAUCUCGGGGAACGACCUGCAACGCGCCUACGGUGCGGCAGGUCUGAGGGCCAGUUUGCCCAUGUGGAAUGCGUACCCGAUGGUUGAAAGCCCGCUGUUCAACGUGCACGGGCUGGCCCACAAGGUGGUGUUUGGCGCCGACUUUACCUAUGCAGACGCGAACCAAGAUCUGACCGAUCUUCAAUUGUACGAUGCGAUCGACGACGACAAUAUCGAGGCGUUCACCCGUCGGUUCACGAGCUUCGAUUUCGGCGGAACCCUCCCGCCGGAGUUCGACCCCCGGUUUUACGCCCUGCGCUAUGGCAUCGCCAAUUACGUCACUUCGCCCACGACCGAAAUCGCCGACGAUCUGACAACCCUGCGGCUCGAUGUCGAGCAGCGUUGGCAAACCAAGCGCGGAAUGCCAGGGCAACGGAGAAUCAUUGAUUGGAUCGUCUUCGAUACGGGAGCCGUGAUCUUCCCGGAUGCAGCCCGCGACAACUUCAACGAAGAUGUCGGGCUGGUGCACUACGACUUCCGUUGGCACGUGGGCGACAAGCUCACCUUGCUCUCCGAUGGUAUCUUCGACUUCUUCCCCGAUGGGCAGAAGAUUACCACCGUGGGUGGCUAUUUGAAUCGGCCGCCUCGCGGAGCCAUCAGCCUGCAGUUCCGCUUGCUCGACGGACCAAUCACCAGUACGGCAUUGAUUGCCAGCUACAGCUAUUUGAUGAGCCCCAAGUGGAUUUCCACCGUGGGGGCGAUGGUCGACUUCGAGAACGACGUCCAGACGGAAAGCCUCACCAUCACCCGUAUUGGCGAGUCUCUGCUGGUGAGCGCGGGCAUCACGGGCAACUCGACCAAAGAUGUCGUGGGCGUGAACUUCACGAUCGAGCCGCGCUUCUUCCCGAGUUCACGAAUUCGCGGAGCCGGCGGCGCUCAGAUCCCACCCGCAGGUGCAUUCGGCCUGGAGUAA